AUGGCGGCCGCGGAAAUAGUAUCAAAUACUUCUAGUAUAUCAAAAAUAGAAAGUUUUUUAAAUGACCCAAGCUAUAAGGAAAUUAUUGAAAACUCAUCUACAUUUAAUUCAAGACUAUGUGCAGAAAGAAGGAUGCGGAUGCCAUUUAUCGAUACCCAAACUGGUGUUGCACAAAGCCAUUCAAAUUUAUUUAUGACAAAAAAACAGCGAAUGCCUGGAGCUAAAGAAGGACAGGUUUACACAUAUCCAUCUCAACGAUGGAGAAAAGCCCGUCGUCAAUACCUGACCAUGUCAUCAACUCGCUGCUCGCUGGGUUCUGGAAUACCAGAUGGUCUUGGGGGUGACGAUAGUCGAGAUGGGUCUCAAACAGCUGCUAAAGAUGAUCCCAAGGAAUGGUUCUACGAUGAACUAGCCAUGGAAGAGAUGGAAACGGGUGAAGAGCCCGAUCCAGAGUCAGAUGAGGACUACUACGAUGACACAUAUGCAAAUAGACGUAAGCGACGCGGUGGUGUCACGCCCAGUGGACCGGGCUCCAGGGGUGGACGUACACGCAAAUCUCAGCCUGAGGAAGGAACGCCGAAGCGAGGACGCGCUGGUCGAGGCCGCAAACGGGCUGGUCAAGGUACGCUCCCUUAUGAAGUACCUGGUGAUGCUGAGAAACCCUUCGGCUGCGAACUGUGCGGUGCGAAAUACAAAACUCGUCCGGGUCUGACAUACCACUUUACGCACACGCACAAGGAGCCAAGCGGCGGCGCAGGCGCAGCCGGCAGUGACAAUGACUCACGUGACAGUCGGCCAGCCAAUUCGCCAGCUUCUAACCAACCUGCCACAGAGUAUCAGGACAGCUAUGUCACGUUUCUGAAUAAUCCUGCUGGAGCUCCUGCAACUGUGUCAGCUCCUACGCCCCCCGCUCGUCGUCCGUCCCCCCCGCCGCGGCCAGCAUCAGCAGAUACGUCAUCGUCGGACUCUGCGCACGCGCCGCUUGUUCCAGCUCAGCCUGCAGGUCCGACUGCAGGCGGAAGCACUGUCCGUGAAAGCAAGAAGGGCCCUGAUGGAAAGCCAUCACCAUCCCCAUAUUGCGACUUCUGUCUUGGCGACGACCGUGAGAACAAAAAGACCGGCAUUCCUGAAGAGCUGGUCUCUUGUUCCGACUGUGGCAGAUCAGGUAAGCGCCGUGGUAGACCUCCACGAAACGGCCACAAACCCUGUUACCACCUCGCAAACCGGGUCUGCGAAACCCACAGACACCUUAGGGACAUAAAACUAAAUGGCGUCGUAGAAAUCCUGACUUCAAUGUCGUACUCGGCCGAUGCCUUUGACAGUUUCGCAUCUAAAACUAAAUUAUUAGAAAACUAUGAUUAUGGAGAUUAUACCACUCCACCCUCGUCCAGACAGAGUCCUGUGUACGAAAGUGUUGAAGUCAAAAUUAACGGGUUUAAUUAA